AUGAAGGUGCUCCUAGUAGAGGGAAUUGUAGGCAUGAUGACGAUGGAGAAAUUCCUGCAGGCCAUGCGAGACAGUUGGCACUUGGCCAUCCGGGAGGCAUCAAAACUUGAUGUUGCGGGAGUGGCGAGUUUUGGUUGCCGGCUCUUCUGCUGCCCACCUUGCCCCGCGAGCAUCACAGCUAAGUUGGCCUUCGCCCCACCGAGGUCUUCUUACACCUUUAACGAAGACUCCUGGGACCCGGAUACGAACACGUACGAUGUGGUGCUCAUGAACGUGGAAAAUCGUGCCGCAGCCGACAUCGAUCGCUCUUUCCUGUGGAGAUUCCGUGGGUUUUACAUCACAUCACCAGGACGUGGCGCAUUGUCACGGAUUGCAGGGAUAAUGCUGCAGGCGCCGAUGAAGGCCCCAUUCGUGAUCCUCAUUAGUCACAUGAAUGCCUCAGAUUCUGGGGAUUUACUUAAGUUUAUGUUGGAACUCUCGGAAGUUACAGGAUGCCACGUGGCCACCUACGACUAUAAUGGAUACGGCAUGAGCAAUGGAUGGCCCAGCGAGAAGGGGAUCUACAGGAACUCCCUCGACAUACUAAACUUCGUCAAAAAAAGGCUCGGGGUGGAGUCGGGGAAAGUGGUGCUGAUGGGACAGAGCAUCGGGACAGCGCCAGCGACUAGGAUCGCGGGGGUCGAGGACAGGGACGUUGGGGGUCUUAUCCUGGAUGGGGGAUUCACGUUGAAGACGGUUAAGAAAGUACUGUGUCCAGUAUUGGUGUUGCACGGGGACCAGGACCAUGCCGUUCCAUUUCAUCAUGCCCAACGCCUUGUUCAAGCCGCACCCAACCCUGUAGAACCACUCUUCAUCAAGGGUGGGGGUCAUUGCAACCUGCAUCAGCAUCGCAUAUAUUUCCAACGACUGCAAGACUUCAUUUGGGAAGACCUGAAGGCGGGAUCAUGGUGUAAGUCGGGGAAGCCCAAUCGUUUGGUCAAAACAGAUGAAUGGAGCAAAAGUCACUCAUCUGGCGAGAGAGGAUUCGCUACCGGGAAAAUCAGCCCGUCUGGUGCUGCAGUCUAACUCCGAUCAUCGACUUAGAAGGCAACAUGCUUCCAGUGCAUAUCCAAAGAGAAAAAAAAAUGUAGCGGUAAAAUUUCUUAAUUUUAGUGACAAAAUCCAAAAAAACCGUC